AGUGAGGGUGUUUUAAGGCAGCAGACUAAUAAUCCCAAUUAAAACACUGAAGCAGCGGCGCCGGAAGAGACUGAACCCAAUUUUCGCCAGAAAAUCAUCGGAAGAUACACAAGCCAACAUGGAUGACUGUGAUUUGGAGUUAGACGAGAUGGAACUUGUUGCAGCAGCUGCUGGCUACUAUUACUAUAAUAGUAUUACUAAACAGCCUCGUCGAAGUAUAUCUCCUGCUGGUAAAGGGUUUAUGACUGAAGUACUAAAUGGAUGUGAUGAUUAUAGUCGUGAAAUGCUUCGGAUGGAUAAGCAUGUUUUCCUCAAGUUAUCGGAGAGCCUUCGUCAGAGAGGCAUGCUACGGGACACAUCGGGUGUUAUGAUAGAGGAGCAGUUGGCUAUAUUCUUGAAUAUAGUUGGCCACAAUGAACGUAACCGAGUAAUACAGGAGCGUUUCCAGCACUCUGGGGAAACAAUAAGCAGGCAUUUUAACAAUGUGUUAAAGGCAAUCAAGUCCUUGUCUCGCGAGUUCCUUCAGCAACCGCCAGUCUCUACUCCUCCAGAAAUUCUUGCCAGCAGUAGAUUUUACCCAUACUUUAAGGAUUGCAUAGGUGUCAUCGAUGGCAUGCACAUACCUGCACAUGUACCAGCCAAAGAUCAAUCGCGUUUUCGUAACUGGAAAGGCGACUUGUCGCAGAAUGUGCUAGCAGCUUGUACAUUUGAUCUCCAGUUUAUAUUUAUCUAUCCUGGCUGGGAAGGGUCAGCUGCAGAUUCUCGUGUAUUGAGGGCUGUCCUUGAUGAUCCAGAUCAGAACUUUCCACCAAUACCAGAAGGUAAGUACUAUCUUGUUGAUUCGGGUUACUUGAACAUGGAAGGGUUUAUAGCUCCAUAUCAUGGAAUUCGUUCCCAACUACAUGAAUAUGUAGGUGCUAAUCAAUUACCGAGGAAUGCAAAGGAGCUCUUUAACCACAGGCACUCAUCCUUGCGAAAGGCCAUUAGGAGGUCUUUUGAUGUUCUGAAAACAAGAUUUCCCAUUCUCAAACUUGCGCCUCAAUAUGCUUUUCAUACGCAAAGAGAUAUAGUUAUUGCUGCAUGUGUCAUUCAUAAUCUUAUCCGACAUGAGGAAAGAAAUGACUGGUUAUUUGCUAGUGUUGAAGGUGGGAUUACUGAAGAACUACCUGAUCCUGAUGAUCAGCCUGAUAUGCACAUGGGCAUGCCUAUACAAGAACAACUUGCAUCAGCCUUCCGUGAUUCAGUUGCUGAAUCGAUGUGGAAUGACUUCUUGAAUAAGUGGGAUGAGUGGUGAAUGAUUAGCAUAGAAAAGCCAUAUCUUAGAGGUGCUAUCAUUAGCUUGAAUAGAAAAGCUACAUCUUAGAGGAGCUAUCACUAUGAAUGAACCAGUGAAGAGUAGUCAUUUUGGUAUUUCAUAGUAUGGGUGUGGUCUUGGAGAUGGUCUUAGCCUGGCCCCUGAAGUUUUCAGGGCAACCAGCAAAUUACUCUUUUUUGUGUGAUACACCUGUCAAAAAAAAUUCGAAAGAUCUGCUAUCCGUCCUAAAAAUCCGCAUUCAUAUCCGAGAAAAAACGGAUAUUAUCCGUAUCCGAA